AUCUCGGCAUAUACAACAUGAAGCUGCUGGUGGUAUUCCUACCCCUUGUGGCCUUUUGUGCCGCUGAUCCAAUCCCGGCGGUGCCGGGAGACAACGAUCACUAUGUUGAGGGUGUCAGCAGAUACAUCUGGAUACCUGAUGGUGAUGAUGUGCCUCAUCUAGUAGACCUUCAUGCCCCGGCUGCUGAUGUAGCUUCUGAUGUUGAGGGUAGAAGCGGUGCCAAUAACGCCUACUGGCUUUAUACCAGACGCAACCCUAACAACCACCAACUUCUCGUUAACGGCAACAUAAACUCGGUAGCAAGCUCAUUCUACAAUCCAAACUUGCCAUUGAAAGUAAUCGUCCAUGGAUGGAACAGCAAAGGAUCCUCGAAAAUGAACCCAGAAAUCACUGCUGCUAUUCUAGCCGUGAUGGAUGCUAACGUGAUUGUCGUUGAUUGGAGCCGAGUAGCCAGUGGCCUAUAUACCACAUCCGUUCGUGGAGUACCAGAUGUAGGCAGACAUCUUGGAGCCUUCCUGAUCUGGCUCCUCGGUAGCUUCGGUGGAAACUGGCAUAAUGUUCACCUGAUUGGCUUCAGUUUGGGCGCCCAUGUUGUUGGUAACGCUGGACGCACUUGCAAUGGCCGCAUCGCUCGUAUUACUGGCUUGGACCCAGCUGGUCCUCAAUGGGGAAGGAACUCCAAUGCUCUGAACCAACACGACGGUAUCUACGUUGAAUCCAUCCAUACUGACGGUGGUCUUCUCGGAAUUUUCGACCCCAUCUCUGACGCUGACUUCUAUCCCAACGGUGGCAGAAACAGACAACCAGGCUGCUGGAUCAGCACAUGCUCUCACAGCCGCGCGCCUGAUCUAUUCGCUUCUUCCGUCAGAACCAACCAUUUCAUUGGUAUGCAAUGCGCAAGUCUGAGCGAAGCUAGAAAUAACAGAUGCAGUGGAGCUCAACACCGGAUGGGCAACGGUGACCUCAACAAACGCGGAGCUGGCUUGUACGGACUGUCCACUGGCAGCAGGUGGCCAUAUUAAGGAACCAAGCGAUUUUCUACUGGAAAUAAGACUGAUAAUAAAUACAUAUUUUAAGAUUUUUUUCCUUA